GUCUUUUUGCUUUCGAUUUCUUCCUCCUCCUUGUUCAACGCCCUUCCCACCCCAUAAAGUUGUAAAAAAACAUGCCUGUCGACGAGAAGAAGCUCAAGAAGGUCAUCAAGGAGGGUGGCAAGCGUGGUGUGGAGAUUGAGGGAGCCGCCACCAUGGGUGGUUUGGAGUUCUUUUGCACAAAGGUCGAUGAGCCUGAGGGUGAUGUGGAUCUUUUGAUCCAGUCCGUUGAGGCAAUGAACGCUGAAGUCGACGAGAACGAAGAGGAGCGCAAGGGUGGAUCUGGUGACAUUGGCAAGAUGAUCUUUUCCACCAGCGAUGAGCGCGUUGCCAUCGUUGCCUACGUGCCCGAGAGCAAGAAGGACAAGAUCGACGCGAAGGCGUGGUUGGAGGCUGUCGUCAGCCAGUACGAAGGCAAGGUCCUUUCUGGAGACAACAAGUUGGCAUCAGGAGAAAUCCGUGCCAACCCCGACAAGGGUAUCUUCACCUUGAAGGUGCGUGAUGAAGCCCUCACCAAGGGUGUCGAGUACCUUCGCAGCAAGGGAUGCUUCCCCGAGGCUUCCAACGAUGACUCGGAUGAUGAUGUUGUGUUUGGUGACGACUUUGACUUUGACAAUGCCGAAUAAUCUUGUGGUCACUCAAAUGAUUUGGGGAUAUUAGUAACUGUACAGAAAAUACAAUGCAUUCCAUACUCGUAGAGACA